UUACUUAUGUUACACACAGUCGGUUGCGACAACUGCUCGCGAAAGUAUCUACUCUAAAAUUUGUUGCAAUUUUUGUGAAGCAAUUGAAAAUUUCAUAUUUUUAUAGUAUAUAAUAAUUAAAUAAUAUCAAUAAAUAGUUGUUCGCAAGCCACAAAACGCAAUGAAAUUAAAAAUCGCCUUAAUCGCACUACUAAGUGUGAGCGCAAUAAGUGCGCUCAGUCUUGAAGGAUUCAAAUGUCGCGAACACAACGUAAUGACUGGCGAUCUCAUGCGUCCAGUGCGUACGGUACGUAUUUGUGGAGUGGAGGAUUAUGUGGAGCCGCCAAGCUUUUUGGACUUUAAAAAGAUUACAGAAAUUGCAGAUGAACUGCAAGCGCACAAGAAUCACGCCACUAAUUCAUAUGGCAACACUGGUUAUUGGCCCAAUCGCGACGCCUCACAUUCAACGCCGCCCGCAUACGCACGUUGGCCAUUGCUGCCGCAAACGACGAACAACGAUGGUGUACAGUUCUCAACUAUCUACAGAGGAUUAGCUGUGCAACCGCCAACUUAUGAAGCAGCCGGAAAUUACCCAACGAACUCACGUGACCUCACGGUAGUGGAGCGCUUGCUGCAAGAGAAAUUGCGCUCGCUUACCGCGGAUACAAGUGAGAUGAAGAAUUCGAUGAAUGAUGUUGUUGCACACAUGAAAACAAUACUCACUACUUCGCUAAUGCAAAAGGACAAUCAGCCGCAGGAUAUAAAUGUGAAUGUGAAUUUUAAACUGGAUCCUGCUCUCGAAGUGUUAUUAAGAGAUUUCAUGGCACUACUGAAGAGCGAUGUGAAUCGCGAUGCAGAAAGUGCAGAGUCAAGCGCAACUGAGCGCAUUGAGGACAACUCAGAGGGUGAUGAUAGUUCAUUCUCAACAGUAAAUGUAAAUGACAAUAGCGCCGAAGAGCAAGUCACCGAAGCAGCAGUUGAUAGUGCAGAGCAAACGACCGAACCAGACAGCAUGGAGGGAUAUAAUUUUAAUGGUUCAGAAGAAGAUUUGGAUGAUUGGUUGCGUCUACAUUUCGGACCGAUUGUAAAAACGCCGACGUAUGACGAGGAUACCGAUGACAGCGAGUCGAAGAACUCUGCAGAGAAAUCAGAAGAAAGUUUUGAAUCAUGGUUCAAUGCUGUCUAUCGGAAACAUACAACUGAAACACCAACGGAUAAACAAACGCAAAAUUCGCAAGAAAGUCAAGAGAUGAAUGUACAAAAGGAAAGUGUUGAAAAUUCGCAAGAGAACGAUAAUCAAUAUGAAUAUACUGAAUAUAUAGAUGCAGAUAUGAACCCUGUGGUUUACAACGAAGAAACUACGAUAAGCGAAGAAACUACUGAGAGCAGUGAAGAAGCCCUAUUUGUGCCAACAACAAUGAAUUCAUUACAAUCAAGUGAAACAGUUGAACUAUUCGAAAAUGGCGAUAAAUAUAACUAUGCAACGGGAAUUCCUGAAAAAUUGGCAGCGCAACAAAAAAGGGAAUGUAUGGAUAGGGCUUAUCUAACCUACUGGAACGAUUCAGAGCUGCUGAGAAAGAACUUACUUAAAUGUCAUUCAUUAGAACAAGUUUCGCUUGGAAUUGAGGAAUCGAAAGAAAACGAUGAAACGGACGCAGCCGUUACUGAUUCGAAUGAAUCGAAGAGUAGUGAAGAAACUGAAACACCGAUAAAUGAUUCGAAUGAAUCGAAGAGUAGUGCAGAAACUGAAACACCAAUAAAUGAUUCGAAUGAAUCGAAGAGUAGUGCAGAAACUGAAACACCUAUAAAUGAUUCGAAUGAAUCGAAGAGUAGUGCAGAAACUGAAGCAACAAUUACUGAAUCAAAUGAAUCGAAGAGUAGUGAAGAAACCGAAACACCUAUAAAUGAAUUGGAGGAUAGCAGUGAAAUUGAAUAUUUUGACUAUCCGAGUUACAGACUACACGACUGGAAUAAUUAUAACGAUCAUAUAUUUGAUAGAGCAAUAAUAAAUUAAAAAAUUAUAAUUGCUAAUGUUUGUAACGUCGAAAAACGCCGAUGAUAUGAUGUAAGCAAAAAUUAUUGUUCUGUAAAAUUUUCUGUUAUAUUGUUUUGUAUGGCAAAAUAUGCUAUUUCAAGCAAUAUUUAUAAUAGAUUUACGAAUAAAUAUGUAUGUCGAAAUAAUACGAAUGGAAAUUAAAAAAAUAUUUGAAAUAAAUUGUUAAAAACAAACAAAUAA